AUGUUAUUUCAGGGAGCUCAAAAGGAUAGCUUCCCUGAGGAGCUGAGAGCCAUACAAACUAUGCAGCCCGUGCCCAGUAAUAGCCGUAUUGCAACACUCGCACCAGUACUCGACGGAGAUGGCUUACUUCGCGUGGAUACCCGUACCAAGUCUGCUCCAGGAGUAAGCGAGAACGCAAGAUCACCAAUCAUCCUGGACGGUCGCAAUUACAGCGUACGACUCUUAAUAUUACAUCAGCAUAUUCAAUCAGCACACUCAUUCAAUGAGCUCAUCCUAAAUGAAUUAAGGCAGAAGUUUUGGAUUCUAAGGGCAAGAAGCACUAUCCGAAGCGUAGUAAAUACUUGUCUGCAGUGCCGACGAUGGAAAGGCAAAACAAUCAACCCAAAAACCGGCGACUUACCAUCACACCGGUUAGAUCACCAUAAAAGGCCCUUUACACAUGUCGGCCUCGAUUACUUCGGCCCGAUAAUCAUAACUAUACAUCGACGCCACGAGAAACGGUACGUUGCUCUUUACACGUGCCUAGUGACGAGAGCAGUACAUCUAGAAAUGGUCACCUCGCUUUCAUCUGAUGUGGUCAUUAUGAGCCUGAGACGUUUCAUAGCUCGCCGAGGAUCUCCAUCUACCAUACAUUCGGACAAUGGUACCAACUUUGUCGGCGCCUCCCCAUCUCCGUUUAUGGGCGGGGCCUGGGAGAGGCUGAUACGUACUGUCAAAACCGCCCUGAGAGCCUGUCUAAACGGUAAAAUAUUAAAGGAAGAAACCUUAACGACACUCUUACUCGAAGCAGAAGCCAUCGUUAAUGCCAGACCGCUCACGUACGUCCCAUCAUCACUACACGCACCAGAAGCACUAACGCCAUUCCAUUUCAUACUGGGUACUUCAUCAACAGAACCUUGGACAUGCUCGUUAACAGAUGCCGACUUGGUACGAAGAUGUGACUGGAAAAGAGUGCUGCGUCUUGCCGACCAUUUCUGGGCACGAUGGCUGCGUGAAUAUUUACCCACGCUCCAACCAAGAGGAUCGAACAAAGAGGCGUUAAAAGUAUGUGAGGGUGAUGUGGUGCUUAUCGCGGACUCUACUCUCCCUCGUGGCCUCUGGCCCCUAGGGAGAAUAGUAAAAGUUUACCCAGGCCAGGACGGAGUGGUCCGCGUAGCGGACGUCUUCACCAAAGGCGGUACGUUGCGCAGACCAGUCCGCAAACUAAUUUUAUUAGAGACUGAGCCUCGACCGGCCGCCACCAGUUAUUAG